AAGGAAGGCAACUCAGGUUUCAGGUUCUUGUUGUCGCCUUAAUGCCAAAUAUUAAUUGCCUCGAAUCAGACUUUGCUACCUUCGAAUGCCUGGUUUACCAGUCAGAGCGCCAUGCGGUACUUUUUGGUUCGUCAAAACGUAAUGGGAAACUAUUUUCGAAGAGUCCUCAAUGCGCUCAACUCAUAAAUAGCCGGCAAUAAUCAUUUCAUGACGACUAUCAACUGUGACCCUACACAGCAGAAUACAUGAGAGUCAUCUAUUUUACAGUCCAUUGUAUCAAACACUUUCUCUAUCUGUGCGGAAUAUGUCAUCCAGAACAGCAGAGACCACAGCUCAGCUGCAGUGUAUUCAGAAAGGUGGCCCCUUCCAAAUCGCCUACGUUCCCAAACCACGAAUUCAGUCUAAUCAGGUUCUCAUCCGCCAACGAGUAGUUGCACUCAAUGGAUUGGAUUGGAAGCAACGUGAUUUUGGACUUUUCAUAUCUCGCUGGCCACAUGUGCUCGGCAUCGAAGGAGCUGGAGUCGUGGAAGCGGUCGGCUCCAAUGUCAAACAUAUCAAAGCUGGGGACGAAGUUACGGCAUGGAUGGCCGGACAAGCCCACGGUAACGAAUGGGGUGGCUCUUAUCAGGAGCAUGUCAUCAUGCCAGCACAGUACGUAGCCAAGAAGCCAAAGAACAUUACAAUUGAGGAGGCUGCAUCGUUGCCAAUUUGUUACGUUACUGCGAUUUCUGCAAUAUACAGUCUAGAUCUGAGAAUUCCGAUUACUGCGAUUAAACCGUUAUCUACAUCGCGCAGAGAGCCCAAAUCGAUUCUCAUUUUAGGGGGCAGCUCGUCUAUUGGGGCCAACGCAAUCCAACUCUUACGGCUAGCUUAUUCCUCUUUGCCAAUCUUCGCUACUAGUUCGGCUUCCCACCACUCUCACCUCCUUGACCUGGGAGCAACCAGACUCUUUGAUUAUCGCUCUCGUACACUGGCAUCGGAUAUUAAAGCCGCAUCACCAGAGGGCCAUGGAGUUGACAUGAUCAUAGACUGUGUAUCUGCUGGUGCAUCCGAUACUACCAUCUGUGAAUGUCUCGAUUCAGCUGGCUCAAAGAAAUAUGCGGCUGUUGUUUCGGGCAUUGAUGUCCCAGUACCAGACGGGGUGACGAAGAUCAACGUUGGCGGAUGGUCAUUGAUAGAAAUGCAAGGUGGAGAGCAUGUCAUUCCAUCAAUAACCGAAUUGAUCGAAGAAGGCAAGUAUAAGGUACCACUGCCAGUUAAGGUAGUUGGUCACGGGUUAAACGAAAUACAGCAUGUGCUGGAUCAGGUCAAGACUGUGACGGGUACAAAAUUGGUUGUAAAAUUAUAAUGUGGUGAAUGUUGAAUGCUAUGGUAUGCGAUAUUGCAUGGUCCAGCUUUCAAAAUGCUACAAAUAUGGAAAUUCAGAUUUUGCGCUAUCUUCACAAUACUCCGGAUUAGGCUGAAACAAAAGGUCAUCUGGAAAUGCGCCGCCCCUCACGACGCACUAGGCAGAUAAAACUUUCGACGCCUACGUAUAUGCUUAAAUAAUAUACAUCUUUU